CUGCCCUGUUCUGACAGAGGUCCCAGAGGAGUCCAAUGAUUCCAUCCAGGAUUCCUUCAGCCUUUCAGACGGCCUGAGCAGCUGUGAAGAGUUUGGCAAUGUUAUGGGCAAGACCCCAGCCUCCGCCGGGCCGUCUCCAGAACCACAGUUUAAUGUGGUCACCUACCCUGGGAAUAGCCCCUUGAUUAGGGCCGUGGCCCAGGGAGAGGACAAGAACGCGGCCUGGAGGAAAGACAUGGAAGACGCCAGCGUGCUCAUCAGCGACUACGGGGGUAAAAAAGGAACAAGUUUCUUUGGGGUGUUUGACGGUUUCCAUGGACGCAGCUCAGCAGAGUUGGCAGCGAGAGAGCUCCCAGUCCUGCUGCUGGAACAGCUGGUCAAAGCAGACCCCUCGUUCUCCUUGGCCAGCGAACAGAGGGACUUUCUGUCCAGAAUGGAGACCCUGUUUGAGAGAGACUCCCCGGUCUCUGUGGACCAGGGGACCAUGACCAAGGAGCAGCAGAUGACGCAGGCGUUCACCAUCGCGUUUGCACACAUGGACCGAAUCCUCGGGUUAGGCCGCAACGAGACCUCCAAGUUGCGCUGGAGUGGCUGCGCCUCCGUCAUCUGCAUGGUUGAGGAGGAAGAGGUCACCCCUGAGGAGGUUGUCACCCCUGAGGAGGAGGAUCCCAAGACACUGCAUGGAAGGAUGCACAUCGCUAACUGUGGAAACAUCCAUGCUGUUCUCUACAAACAAGGCAAGAGCUUCAAUGUGACCAAGGACCACAGUACGGCAAACUCAGAGGAGCGCAAGCGUAUCCUGAAAGAAGGGGGUGCAAUCAGCAUCAACAAGAAUCACGGCCUGGUGGAAGGCCUCCUCCUCGCCACGCGAGGGUUUGGCAACUACGGCGAUCGUAAGCUGAGGAAGGUGGUGCUCCCAACACCGUCCUGCGUGUCCCUGGGCCUGGACCCGUCCUCCGGCCUGCUGGUGCUGGGGUCCAGGGGCCUAUGGGAUGGAGUCCAACCGGAGGAGAUCGCCCACGUGGUGCGGAGGUGCAUCCGCAACUGUCAGAGAUGCCACAGCCACACCAAAGCCACCAAGGAGCAGCUUAGAGACCUGUGCAGCUUUACGCUCCAAGAACCUGCGGAGAACCAAGAGGCGGCCAUUGAGAAACCACCAUGCAGAGGGGGAAUGGAGGACCAAGAGCCUUCAGCAUCAUACAGACAGCCCAAGGACCCAACUAAUAGGGAGGACGCAGGAAGGGCGGCUGUGGAGGACGUGAAUUAUGAGCAGCUGGCAGCCAGUAUAUGCAGCAAGCUGCUGCAAAGAGCGAUGGCCUCAGGCUCCAGGGAGAACAUCUCCGUCAUGGUGAUCCUCCUCCAAGGGCUGGAGGUACUGGGUGUCCAAUCAGAGGACGGGGUCUGA